UCGAGGCUGCACGCGGUUUAGGAUGGCUGAUAUUCCUCCUCAGUCGGAGCCGGCGACAUCGCAAGAAGUCAGUGACGACUUCAAGAAGCCAGCUCUGCCCGUGCCCCCGGCGGUGCGGGAUAAAGCCCCGGCUACCAAUCCCUCAGACCCUGAGGAGGUAAAGAAAGAAAGGCCCACGGCGCUGCGGGACCCCGAUUCUGGGGGGCCCGACGUCCCGCCACCUCUGCUGGACAGCGGGGACACCAGGAGUCCACAGGAGGAGCAGCCACGUCCCCCCACAGCAUCUUCUUCCCCUGGCGGUCCGGCCCGGGCUCCCCCCUACCAAGAGCCGCCAUGGGGUGGCCCAACCACGGCCCCCUACAGCCUAGAGACCCUGAAGGGCGGCACCAUCCUUGGCACCCGUAGCUUGAAAGGGACGAGUUACUGCCUUUUCGGGAGGCUAUCUAGCUGCGACGUGUGCCUGGAGCACCCUUCUGUGUCUCGUUACCAUGCCGUGCUGCAGCACAGGGCGUCCGGCCCAGACAAAGAAUGCGACAGCCACGGGCCGGGCUUCUAUCUCUACGAUCUGGGAAGCACCCAUGGUACUUUUCUGAACAAAACUCGCAUCCCACCCCGCACCUAUUGUCGAGUCCACGUCGGGCAUGUUCUUCGCUUUGGAGGUAGCACCCGGCUCUUCAUCCUUCAGGGACCAGAGGAAGACCGAGAGGCAGAAUCCGAGUUAACGGUGACACAGUUGAAGGAAUUGCGCAAGCAGCAACAAAUGUUGGAGAAGAAGAUGCUAGGAGAAGACUCAGAUGAAGAGGAGGAAAUGGAUACCACUGAAAGGAACAGAAAUACUAGUAGCCAAGAUGAUGAGAUGGGUUGCACCUGGGGAAUGGGAGAAGAUGCUGUAGAGGAUGAGGCUGAAGAGAACCCCAUUGUCUUAGAGUUUCAGCAAGAAAGGGAGGCCUUUUAUAUAAAGGAUCCAAAAAAGGCUCUCCAAGGUUUUUUUGACCGAGAAGGAGAAGAAUUAGAAUAUGAAUUUGAUGAACAGGGACAUAGCACUUGGCUCUGCAGGGUGAGGACUGAAAGUCAGACUACAGAUGCAGAAAACAAACCUAAAAAACUCUCAUUGCCUCUCUUCGGUGCCAUGAAAGGAGGAAGCAAAUUUAAAUUAAAAACUGGAACAGUAGGGAAGUUACCCCCCAAGCGUCCAGAACUCCCUCCAACUCUAUUGAGAAUGAAGGAUGAGCCUGAAGUAGAAGAAGAGGAGGAAGAGGAAGAGGAGGAAGAGAAAGAAAAGGAGGAGCAUGAAAAGAAAAAAGUGGAGGAUGAAAGCAGUAGGCCACAGCCGGAGAUAGAGCCAGAAGCAGCAGCACAGGAAAUGAGGCCUCCCACAGAUCUCACACAUUCUAAAGAAACCCAAACCCACGAAAACAUGUCUCAACUCAGCCAGGUGGAACAGAAUAAAGAUUAUGAAGAGAUUAGCAGAACAGCUUCAUCACUUGAGGAACCCUCAGCAUCAAAGAAUGAAUAUGAGAAAAGCAGAGAUGAAUUGAAGAAAAAGAAAGCUUCUGGUCCAGGCAAACUUCCAGCAACACUUUCUUCCAAAUAUCCUGAUGAUGACCCAGACUACUGUGUAUGGGUCCCACCCGAAGGCCAAAGUGGAGAUGGCAGAACCCACCUUAAUGACAAAUAUGGCUAUUGAUGGCUUCAGAAUCCCAAAGGAAGACCUUGUGGACCAUGCGACAUGGGAUACUUGGGAUAAUAUAUCAAAUUGAAUGGCUGGAGAAAUGAAGAUGAUCAUUUGUAAAAUCUGGUGACUGGCCUUUUCUUCUGUGCUCUUGGCUUCCUAAAUCUAUCUGCCCAUCUGAUUCUUCUGAAUGUGAUAUUUAUGUUUAAAAGUGUUUGUGUAUGUAUGUAAAAAGGGAACCAUGUAUUUUGAGAAUUAGUAAAGUGAGGGACAUGACUCCAUAAAAAUGAGGUGACAGUGUUUCUAA